AUGGAUCUGAUCGGCGGUGCGCAAAGGCGAUCAAUGGAGGAUGGCAACAUCAACCGGACAGGAGGGACAAAGGCAAGGGCGGCACUCCUUACCCCACGCUCAGCAAGUGUGCAAAUGGAUGAGGCGCUCAUGAGGCUCGAGAUCUUCGAAGAGAAGGCAACCUUGUUGGUGAUCAACGACCUGGAAGAGGAAGACGAUCUUCAUCGUUUUACGCCUGGCCUAGGACAACCCAAGGGGCUCGAUUGCUCGGUUGCUAGAAAAAAACACAUGUUUGCUGAACAGUUCGAAACCAAGCGGGUCGUGAUCAUGUUUGGGAGAGCUUGCCAUGGCAUAUUAGCAAGAACACUGUGA